CGGGAAACUGAACAAGGGUGAACAAGGGUCGAUUGAUUUCUUUAUGAAAUAUCCAAGCAUCCAGGGCAUCAUUUUAUGGAUUACAGACCUUUUAUCUAUGGAGGAUUGGCCUCUAUGACAGCAGAGUUUGGUAAGGCGGAAGGAACACUUGAUCGUAGGUCCAAACGUUUAAAUAGGCGCUUAGGCAAGUCAAGUAGAUCAUAAAUAGCGUAAGAGCGGUUUUUUGGGGGGUGCAGAUAUAUAUAUUUUUGUGCGGGAAUUCUUGUCCCUUGGUAGAUGUUUGUGUUGAGUUUAAAUUAGACCAUCGUGAUUCUCGUCAUUCCCAUAAUUUCCAUCGUGGAGAGGGGAAAAAUUCUGGAAACCCCUCCCCCCCCCGAAACUCUCCUCCCCACCCACCCUCCCCCGAAAAAUAAGAUAUAUAAACUGAGAAGGAUCAGAAGGGAAAAACUGAAUCAAAGCCUUCCUUCAGGUUAGCAACAAAAGAACAUAAGUACAAAAUAUGAAAAGACUGGAGAAAAGUAUCUUACUAUUUGUGGACAUGUCAACUGUAUUAUCUAUUUUUCCAGUUACCUUCCUCUUUCAUUGUCACUGAGAUUUUUUGCAGGGGGCGGGAGGGAAGUACCGCCAUAUGUGGGCUAUGUAGGUUGGUUGCUGAACAGUUUUGCUCUGGGAAAGGGUAUAAAAAUCAGAGUUUGGGUCCAGAGGAGGGUAUUUUUUUUCCAGGAACCUGAUCAUUAUUGGUUGAAAAUUUUAGUCUAAACAAGGGAAACUGGGAAUUAACACUUAAAAGUAUGAAAUCAGCAAAUUUAAAUUUACCCUCAAUUCAAUUUAAUUGCAAAGAAAGCUUCAACCUUGGUAGUUUCUGGAAAUUAGCAACUCUAGGAUAGGGAAGGUUUUUGGGAGCCUAGUCUAAAGGGUAGCAAAAUUCACCUGGACUAGGUCUGGCAUGGCUAAGGAUUUCCAGGGACCAAGUGGUACAUCCCCACCCCAAAAUUUCUAAAACAUCCCCCUCUCAAGGUCAGAUGGAGAGAUGUGAGCAGAGGACUUUCCUCAACCAGAAGAUCGUAAGCUUAGAUAUUCGUUGAACCAAUAAAUUGUGGAUAUUUUGGAAACAGCACUGGGCUCUCUCUUGUUUUAUAUUGAAUUCUUUCAGGAACCUUUCCUAUUGAUACUACAAAGACAAGACUUCAGCUGCAAGGGCAAGUAAUUGAUGCCAAGCAGAAAGAGAUCAGAUACCGGGGAAUGCUUCAUGCAUUUGUGAGAAUUGCAAAGGAAGAUGGAUUGAAGGCUCUGUACAAUGGGUACUGUGUCCUUAACCCUUUAAGUCCCAAUAGUGACCAACAUCAAUUUUCUCUUAACAAUAUCCAUAUAUUGCCAAGAGAAAUGGUUAUGAGAGUUAAUAAAAUGAUCACUAAAGGGAAAAUGCUUUGAUCUGUUAUCAAACUCUCAAAGAAAUGUAUGAAGAUCAGUAUGGAGUAGCCAACGCGAAAGCUUGGCUCCUUUGGCUGCUACACACUUUUUUCCUUUGUUAUGUUUAAUUCAAUGUAUAGUUAGCUCUGUUUUUACUUCUCUUUUUUCUUAUUGUUGUUGUAUUGUAAUUGAAUAAGUGUGAAUAAAUGAACUUGGAGAAUUUAUAUGUGGAUAUUUAAGCUUAAAGGUUUACUGUGAUUUUAUCAAUAGCCAGUUCUUAUUUCUUGUCAUCAAAACUCAGUCAACUUCACUGCACCUUGAUAAAUUAAUGCCAAAGGUGACAUUAACCCUUAAAGCGAUGAGGUUUGAUUUUUGAAAUUUGUACAUUCCUCUGGAAAGUUGCUGCUACGUCCCUGCAAAAUAUAGAUCUGCCAAUUAACACAGUCGAGGAGAGAUAAGGUUGAUUGUCAUGUUAGCCAAGUUCCUGCCUAUUUUCCUGCCUGGAAAAAAGGAGCUGAAGAUGAUGAAAUGGCCAAAUUAUUCCCAGCAAUACUUGUGAAAGUUUUUGUUUUUUUUUUACUCAUUAUUUUUAGGGUUGCUCCUGCACUUCUACGACAAGCAACGUACGGAUCUCUCAAGCUAGGCUUUUAUCAUGCUGUCAAGAGAAAGCUGGUGAAAAACCCAAAAGGUGAAUAAGAUAACAGACUGACUUAACCAGUUUAAACUGAUAUCAAUGUGCAUAUUUUUCUUUUGGCAGUAUUGAUGGAAAAAAGGGGUCAGGGGUUUCAAUAAUAUUAUUGAUGUAGCCAGCAGGUUGAAUAAAGUAACCGACUGAAUCAACAAGGGGCUUUUGGUCCCCUUCUUCUAGGGAAUUUUUUGGGAUGUGCUCCCUUAAAAAUGUUUAAAAUUUCAAUGCCCGAAAAUGCAAUUUCCAGCAUUGUGGGCACUAAAUUGAGUACAUGAACAUAAGAUAACACAUUUCUGAUCAUAAUGGACAAGUAAUGUACAGUAAGGCCCAGUCAUUUCAUAAAUAUUUUUAAAUAUUAUGAAGCGAAUAGUAUGUGUAAGUCCAGCAAAUUGAAUUUUAAGUUUAGUUUUGACAGAAGCUUUCUUUAAUUUAACACUGAACAUUCCCAACUUUCAGUUUUAGGGGAAAAAAGUAGCCAACUUCUCUGAGCAAAGUAGCCAAUGUGACUUUUCGAUUGUCGGUGCUUAUUGAAACCCCUGUUGGGUUAAAGGGUUAAAUAGACAGGGCAGAACAGUGAAACUUCAGUUAGAAAUUAUGGAGCAUUCUCUGCUGGGGUUUUCAUAUGAAAACCAUGCCUCACUUAACUAAAGCUGUGGGUGCUGUAGUUCAUCAGGUAACCCUUUUUUCUCUCGAUAGUGGCCAAAGUAAUAACUUACCAAAAAGUUCAGUUAGUGGUAUCCUUUUGUUAAAUGUUAAGUAAAAGUUCUACCAGUGAGGUCUCAUUUCAGUGGUAAUGUACAGGUGGUACAAUAGGUUUUUGUCUUAUCUCUUCUUAAUCUGCUUAAGUAAGAAAAUUCAAUUUUUGUUGGCUACUUAACUGCCUAGAUUGUGAGGGAGUGAUGUGGGUGUUGGCUUCUGCAUGCGAUUGGCAUGAGUAAUUCAUUCUUUGCAAAGUCUUAAGUUUUGUUCAAAAAACAUUAAUUUUGUGUUAGUAGUCUUCCUUCUCAAUAUGUGUUGUGAACCCUUUUUAUCUUGAGACUUUUUAAAGCUUUCCCUCUUUUAAACUUUCUCUCCCUCUUUAAAACAAGAUAUCAUGUGAAAGAAAAUUGUCAAGUAGAAAUUGAUAUAUACUAGCUGCUUUGCUGGCUUUGAUCUCGCACUGUGACAAUUAGAUGUAAAUUUGAACAAACUGCCACUUUGAAUUUGAUGUUACUAAAAAACAACAACAAUCAAUCAAUCAAUUAGUUGGUCUUGACACUUAAGCUGUGCAACUGUGUAACUACAUUUUGUUAGAGGCAAUUUCGCAGACAGCUCUAUCAAUUCACCUUGUAACACAGCUGCCAUUUUGAGUGAUUUUUUCAAGCCUUCGCCCUUUUUUAGCCUUUCCCAUUCCUGACAGGCAAUCACAUGCCCAAAUCCAAUUUGACAGAUCUUGCAUUCAGCUUUGUUGACAAGAGAUCUGGGUACAAGAUUAGGUUUUGUGUGUUGAAUGAAAAGUUAGCAAGACAGUAUUCUUGAAAUCACCUCUUCAUAACUUGGUCUAGGAAUGAAAGGGUUAUUCAUUUACUACACAUCUUCAUUAUUCAAUGGAUUAAGUUAUAACCAUGAGUGGUCAUUUUUCCAACAGAUGAAACUCUUUUUUACAAUGGCAUUGCAGGGGUUAUUGCUGGUGCAGUUUCAUCAGCAAUUUGUAACCCAACUGAUGUAUUGAAGGUAAAAUUCUAAACUGUUGAGUGCUUAUGUUUACAAUGUGACUCUGUUAAACUUACGCUAGUAGUGUACCAGUACUAGUUUAAUUUGGGAGUGUCCAUUAUCAUCAUAAUUUGUCAUCAUCCACAUUAUCAUACAUUUACUCUUAACCUUAACCAUCAGUAUCAUUGUCAUUAUCAUCAAAACAAUUUUACUACAAACCGCCUGUAACCAUCAUAAUUACCAUUGCAAACCUCACAUUCAUCACCAUCAUCAUCACUACUAAGAGCACCGAUACUAGUGUUAUUUGGGACAUUACACUUAAUUAUUACUAAAUAUUCAAUUCAUAAACCUUCAUAACGAUCAUUAUCAUUGUCUUUGUCAUCAAAUUAAUAUUGUUACGAACCAUCUGUUACCAUCAUCAUUACCACCAGUAACGGAACUAGUUUAAUUUGAGAUUGUCGACUGUCAUCAUCCUCAAUAGUCACCAUAUUCAUAAUCUUGGUAGUCAUCAGUAUCGUUGCCAUUGUCGUCCUAAGAAGAUUAUUACAAACCAUCUCAUGUCGUUGUCAUCAUCAACAUUACCACCACUACCACCAGCAUCAUACAUGUAACCAUCCAUCGUAACCUUCAUCAUUGUCAUCAACUUCAAUCACCACUACUAUUAUUGUUGACAAUCAUUACCUGGUUAAAAACCUUAAAAUGUUCCUUUGCACAGAUUCGCAUGCAAGCGGAGUAUCAGGCAGGAACCAAUGUGAUUAGGAAAGGAAUGAUUAAUUCUUUUGUGUCCAUGUUCAAAGAGGAAGGACUCAGGGGACUGUAUAGGGUAAUUUUUUGAGUACUUUAAAUGAAUGAAAUGCGUUCAGUUAUCUCACUUGGUGACACAAUGAAGUUGGGUGAAUGAAACAACAACAAUAUAAUCAACAACAGCUAUAUAAUACUCAAAAAAAAUAUGGCCAGGCCGUUUUAAUCUGAUACUAGUAGAAGACUUUUGUUUACUGAUGGGCAUAAGCAAAGUUCUUCAGUAAUUUUGCUGAGUUGCUUGCUGUAUAUGGUUGGAAGGCUUAAGUUAUUGGAUAUUGCAAGUGAAUUCUGAUAGAUCGACUACUAGAGUCUCCUUCCAAUUUGCCUUGUAUGUGUUUUUGAGUCAAAGGGAGAAUUCCACAUUAGAUCAGGAUUCACUUAGUACCUUAUCUCAUGCACACCUUUUUUUCUCAGGGAGUUGGACCCACAGCUCAGAGAGCUGCUGUCAUUGCUGGAGUAGAGCUUCCAGUUUAUGACUGGUGUAAAAAGAUGAUUCUGGAUUACAAACUUAUGGAUGACAAUCCUUACACUCACUUCUGGUAAAUGUAAAAUACAAUAAUAUUACGCUGCAGGUGGCUUGAUGGGGUUUGUCAAGGUCAAUUCCCCCUCAACUUGUUUUGCUUAUUGAGGAUUCUUCAGGGCUUUCACAUUUUUAACCCAUCUUUGUGUUGUUUGUUGCCAUUUCAGUUGUCUUUAUGGUGUUGUUUAAAGGCCAUGUCACUUCUCAGAAUUUUACUCUAACAGAGGCUCGCUACUUAAUGACCACCUCUGUGUGUUAAUUUAAUGUAGUUUAUUAUAAUUCAUACUAACAAUGAUUUAUUUGUAUUGUUGUAAAUUAAGAUGUGAAUGAGUUCUCAGGAUAAUAACGAGAUACUAAGAUACUUUUUUCAGAUGUUAGGUGAGUUUCGGAGGGCUAUUGCUAGCUUGUGUAGUUUCUUUUUAUCUUAGCAAGAUUAGCAUAGAGGACAAGACAGGGCAUCAGGUGGAAAAGAGCAAAAAAUAAGGACUGGGGACAAAGCAGAGGGAAUAUUUAGCACAAAGGUGUGGUUGUCACUUGCUGACUGUUCUGUUUUUAAAAUCUGUUUUUCAGUGCUAGUGGCAUGGCUGGUUUUGCAGGAGCUGUUGCAUCAAAUCCUAUCGAUGUUGUCAAGGUUUGUUGCAUUGUAGACAAAAAGUGCUGUGCUUUAUAUACCAUGCUAAAUUAACCCCUACAGCAUGCCAGGACUCUUCCCUGCUAGUAUUUCUUUCAUAAAUAUUGUCGCAGUAGACAACUGCAUGAAUGCAGAAUACCACCCCUCUAAUUCACCUGUAAUUUUCCAAAUUAACCAAUUGGAAAAUUUUUGUAAAGACCUGUUAAACACGGCUCGUAAAGAUGCAUUACUAGGUUGUUGUUAUUAUUGUCUGAUAAGACAGUAUCUACAUUUACAAAUGUCAUGAAAUGUAUUUAUUUGGAUGGGCUGGGAGGGCAUAAUGAUAAGGUGACAUGUUGUGGUCUGUUUGAGUUUAUACCAGGGCAGGGUUGUUCAAAGCUGGGUUAAGAUAACCCAGGACUAGUGCAAAAUUUGAAUUCAGAUAUGAAAGCUUCCAAAGCAAAUUCGGUUUCAUUCUUUUUGUCUACAAUUUGAUGAUUGGUACCUUGGUCCCAGAGGUUUCUCUUGAAAGUUUUGUUCGGGAAAGAGAGAGCAAGCCGCAAAGCGGCGACAAUGAGUCACAAAGUCUCUGUAAGGCACCAAGUCGCUCCUUACUGCUUCAUGACUUGUUGUCGCCGCUUCGCGACUCGCUCUCCCUUUCGCAAAGAAAAAUUUCAAGAAAAACUUCUGGGACCAGGGUAGAUGAUUGGAUGCUCUAAAAAGAAUAGAGAAAGUUAUCUAACAAAAUGCAUUUGAACAAAAUAAAAGGGAACCGGAAUUAACAUUUAACCCCGAGUUAGUGCUAAGAACUUUGCACAACUAGGCUCAAUUGAUCAACUGAUUGGUAUUAAGCCCAUGGUGUACCAUUAACUUGUAACUUUUCUGAUCCAUGCCACACUGCAACUUUCUUUUGUUACUGCUUUCAUUGCAGACCAGAAUGAUGAAUCAGAGAAAUCUUAAGGUUAAGCCUGGUGAAGGGACUGUGAUUUAUAGAAGUUCAACACACUGUUUAGUUACUGUAAGUUUACAAAAUUAAUACAUUUUGCAUUGUCCACCAUUAGGAUUAAAUAAAUGGGUUAAGUUUGUUAUCAUCAUAAUUAAUGUCUGUUGUUGGUGCAUUCAUUGCAAAUGUCAGUAUGUAUCUUGUCAACUUUUAUCAGUCAUAGUUGCCCAAAGUUAUUGAUUUUGUCAUCCUUGGUUUUACCUAUCAUUUUUAGACUUUCAAGUCUGAAGGAUUCCUUGCUUUGUAUCGAGGAUUUGUGCCCCAGUUUAUGAGAUUAUUUCCCUGGAAUGUUGUUGUAUCCUUGAAAAAAAUUAUUGAUAUAUGUUUUGGCCUAAAUGUAAUAAUAGUUAUUGUAAAACAGAUAAUUUUAACGUUUGAAACUGUAGCAUUAUAGUGUCACUUGAAAUGCUAGCAUUUCAAUCUGACUCAACCCACGUUCAAUAAAAUUAUAUGAAACUCCGAGGCUUUCGAGCUACUUCGUUGUCUCGCAAUUCCCAGAAAAGACUUGAGCACAAAGAAAAUCAAACCAAAAGUAGCCUCGAACGUGGACUAUUCCAGCUGUUUAUAGGCACUGGUGUGGGACUGGUUUAAAAAAUGGGUAAAGAUGCACUGUGGGCCAAUGGCCCACAUAUCACGGUUUCUGCAGCUUGAAGCUUCUCAACCUUUGAGUCUCAGUAUGUUGGGAAGUUGGUUCCGUUGGGUAAAAAACGGUAGUGAAGCAAAGUAUUUUCGGUGGACUUCAUUUGACAAAUGGAUGGCCACUUUUUUUUACCAAGAAAAACGGAAUGGUCGAAACGAAUUGAGUCGUAUCAUUUGAUCUGAAGUUUCGGAUUCUAGUGCUUUUCCGCGCCAUUAAACUCAAAGGCACGCGGAAUAGUUGACGCAGAAGUAAAACGCAAGUACCGACGACCAAAACUUAAAUCGUGCUCACCUUGAGUGCCACAGUUGGGUUGCGAAGUCUGCUAUCAGUGGCGAAGCGAGUAAAACAGCUGUAAAGUAACAAACAGGUUGGAAUGGUAAAGAUUCAUCCCUUGAAUCCGCCAUCCUGGGCAUUGCCGUUUUCUUGGAAAUAGCCUGGCUAGUUCUGAACAAAUGGUACAGAAAUUUUCGUGAAUUCGGUGAAGGCAUGGAAGGUAUUAACUUUUUCCGAAAACAUUCCACCGGAAUGAACCUUCCAUUUGAAUACCAGGUUUUCCAUACAAAUGGUAAGUGCUCAAAAGUUUCUUGCCAAUGGAAACAAUGCGAUGGUAAGGCUCGAAGUGAGACUAGAAAAAUAAGUGUCAGGGGGGAGGAAUGGUACUACCAUGUUUUAUUCAAAAUCAGGUCAUUUUCACAUUUUUAUUGGACUUUCGCGAAGUCCUUUGUUUCUCAUUUCCGGUUCUGGUAGAAAGCCCCAGCGCAAAGAGCUCCUGCUCACUGUUGCCGCGGAAAAUUAUUGAGAAAAAUUUUGAGCUCAACUUGUGGGCUAAUCUACAUUUUUUCAUACUCGAUUAUUCUUUAACUCUCUGCAGUUCUUCAUGUCAUAUGAACAGUACAAGAAGUUUGGAAAUCAAAUAUUAUAACCUUUAUUGUAAGACUAGUGUAUAGCAGGUCCUAAUUUUCAAUUAACGUAUUUCAAGUGACACGCUAGCCUUCAAUGCAAUGACGCGG